AGUAUACGAUAGAGUGAAUGAUAAUAUUGCUUCCUCGUCCAUCGUUAGUCAACAGUAAUACGGUAUAUUUUAAAAAUACGGUUUUCAUUACGUAGAAAACGUAUUUUAAAAUCUGAAGAUCUCAUUUCGAAGUACCAGGGCGCUUGAAGCUUGUGACAUAUCUCAAUACUGGAAUAAUUGCGUCAUAGAAAUCAGCCAAUCAACAUUGAAGAAAAACGCACAAAAACAACCCGCGGUCAUGUGAUCAAGUGUAUCUUUUCUGGCACGUGGGGUCGGUGAUCUUGACGAACCUCGUGCGAGGAAUUUACUAUGAAUUGUACUUGUGUUGUAAAUUAUUGUUGUUUCAUCGCGUAGUAAUCUGCUAGGAGUUUUCCUUCGUCAAUUUGUUUGUUUUGUUUUUAUCAACCGGCGUUUUUAAGUGUCGUUUUAACUUCGCCCACUGUGUAUACCGUACUGAUUUUAUUAUCGAUCGUGGGCCGCGUGAAUUCCACCAUUUUAUCUGCUUGGAAUUUUAUUACAUUCUUCCAGUUGGCCAUUGGAAAUAAAUAUGGAAGAUCUGAACGGUCAGGAGUUCAUGGGCUCAUCCGGCCAGAACCCUCCAGUCAGAAGAGGGAGGCUCCAGGUUUCCAAAGUUGGACCAAGUUUUAAUUGGCAGGCAUUUCAAACUCACAUAGAGUCAUAUGGACAAAUUUUUAAAACAACUUCUCAAACUGAUGAAGAUGACCAGUCAUUGUUGACAUGUUUUGUUGAAUUUGCAGACCCAAAUAAUGCAAGAAGGGCUGCAGAUGAUUUGAAUGGAAUUGAUUUUGACGGUAGUAGAUUAGAGCUAGCAUAUUUUGAGGAUGAUUCCCAACCAUUAUAUGAUGACACGACAAAGCAAAGGAAUCGACAGGGCGGUAGAAAUAGACCUCGAUGGAAUAGACAGAAUAGUCAUGCUAAUAUGCCUUUAAGAAUAUUAAUUCCUGGCGACAUGGUUGGUGCUGUCAUCGGAAAGGGCGGCGAAACGGUCCGCAAAAUGUCAAAUAACACAAAUGCAAGAAUUGAUGUACAUAGAACUGUUAAUAUAAAUGGAUUUAAGCCUGUAACAAUAACAGGCCAAACAGACAGACCAGGAGAAAAUUGUAGUGCAGCAUUUAGGGAAAUACACCAGAAACUUAUUGAAGAAGCAGAAAAGAAAGCUGAAGGGGAAGAACAGACGAGCAUACCAAUGAGGAUGUUAGCGCCUGAUUUGCUGAUGGGUAGAGUAAUUGGAAAAGGGGGUAGAAAUUUAAAAGAAAUCAAAGUAAAGACGGGGACAAAAAUAGAUGCAACUAGAGAUCCUGUCACGCCAGUUUUUAACGAAAGAAUAAUCACUAUCGAGGACCCAAGUUUCGAAAAUCCUGUUGAAAAAUGUAGCAACGCGGAAGAGGAAAUUAGUAGAAUUUUACGGAAAAAGUUAUCAGGAUGA